UAGUUAGGUUGGACUCACUUCUUACCAAUCUCUAAAACCCUCCGAUCACAAUUCACCACUGGAUUUUCUCCACCUUGCUCUUUGCCAACCGCCCCUCGCAAUCCCAUUUUCUCCGGCUUUUUCCACAUUUGAUAAAAGACUCUCUUGCAUUUUCUGCUGUAUUUACGCUCCCCCUUUUCUGUUUCCGUGUUCUGCAUCCGUUGGUGAAAGUCAAACAACCCACCAUCGAAUCGAAAUGGCGUCAGAGAAGAGCUCCUCCGUGCUCCAAGUCACUUCUUCAGGCGGUCCACUGCGGAUGAUGACUCCGUUGACCGCUCAAGUUGCUCUCAGAAUCACAGCCAUUGUCUUCACACUCAUCGCCAUCUCCGUUACAGUCACCAACGGCCAAUCCGUUGCCGUGUUCGGAUUCAAGUUCGAAGCCCACUACUCCUACUCAACUGCCUUCAGGUUCUUGGUUGGUGCCAAUGUUGUGGUGUGUACCUUCUCAGUGCUCUCAUUGAUCUUCGUAUCCUUCUUAAGCCGUCCAGCAUCUCAACACCUCAAAAACUACUUCUUUCUCUUCUUGCACGACACGGCGAUGAUGGUGCUAAUGAUAUCCGGAUGCGCAGCGGCGACCGCAAUCGGGUACGUGGGGAAGUAUGGAGAGAAGAAAAUGACUUGGCAGCCAACGUGCGGUUACGUGAAUGAGUUCUGCAACAAAAUGACCAUCUCUCUUGUGUUUUCUUACCUGGCUUUCUCUGCCUACUUGCUUCUCACUCUCAUGGCUGCUCACAAUCUCAUGCCUCGCCCUACUGAAUGAACUCGCCAAUACACAAUUUACAAGAGAUGUAUCCCAUCCAUCAUCCGAAAACGACAUCGAAAAUCUCACAGUUUAUCAAUUUGCUAUGUCUUGUUAAUUAGCAUUUGGGUCCUUUGCAAACUUGUGCUGCAUGUACAUAUGAUUUCUUAAUGGUUUAGUUUACAUAUUACCCCUGUAGAAAUUAUGUUACUUAAUCGUAUUUAUUUGUACUUA